GAAAUAUACGCUUCAGAAAAAAAAAAAACGACAUUUAUCUUUCUGCAAUUAAAUUUGUAUUAUUUAUGCCAGCAUUAUCCAGCCAAAAUCCAAUCAUCUACUUUUCUACACCGAUUUCAAUUCAAUCAUCAUCGUCUUAUCACACUCCAUCUAUUCACAUCCUUAUCAAAAAUUUAGGCGAAAAACAGUUUAAUUUGUGAUUUUUUUUCUUCCUUCAAAAUGGGUGCUAUAGAAUCAGUCCCAGAACAUUCUAUACAUGAAUUUACUGUUAAGAAUAACAGAGGGAAGGAUGUUGAUUUAAGCAUGUAUAAAGGGAAGGUUCUCCUUGUCGUCAAUGUUGCUUCAAAAUGCGGUUUUACAAAUGUGAAUUAUACCCAGUUAACAGAAUUGCAUCAGAGGUACAAGGAUAGAGGUUUUGAAGUCUUGGCAUUUCCUUGCAAUCAAUUUCUCAAGCAAGAACCCGGGUCUAGUGAAGAUGCUGCACAUUUUGCUUGUACAAGAUUCCAAGCUGAAUACCCCAUUUUUCAAAAGGUGUGCGUCAAUGGACCAAAAACAGCACCAAUGUACAAGUUCCUUAAAGCAAGUAAACGUGCAUCUCUUUGUGGAAGUGGUAUUAGAUGGAACUUCACGAAAUUCCUUGUCGGCAAAGAUGGAAAAGUUAUUCAACGAUAUGGUACAACAACUCCUCCUCUGUCCAUCGAGGAUGACAUCCUAAAAGCAUUAGGAAAUAUGUGAUGGAUCAUUAUAGUUAAGGAGUUUUGGCCUUUUUAUUCUCGAACAAGAAGAUUAAACAACUUUUUUCUUUUGUAAUAUUGAUUGUUGUAUAUUUGUAUACACUAUACAGUCAUAGUGGCAGCUUGUUUGACAAUGAAUUCUGUUAAUGUAGAUAAUAUCUCUAAUGUGAUAUGUGAUUGACACUGCUAUUUUGUAUAA